AUGCCUCCACCCGGGGGCUUCGAGGCAGUCAAGUAUAAACGAAACCUUCCUUUUCGUGGUCCAAGUGGUCUAGUCAUUCUAGGAGCUGUGACAGCCGUGUGUGCAUAUGGUUUCUAUCGUGUUGGGAUGGGAAACCUAGAGAGAAGGGAACUGCAAAGAGAGCAAGUUUGGUCCCGCAUCCACCUUGUCCCCUUGUUGGUGGCGGAAGGCGAUCGAGAUGCAUAUCGUCGCCAACAAGCUGCAUUGGAGCGAGAGCGAGAGAUUAUGAAGGAUGUUAAAGGAUGGGAGAAUCACAAUCAAUUAUUAGAUCUUUUGGCCACAAAAGCGCGCAGUCGGAGAAGCUUCCAUUUUCCACCGGUGGCGGAUGGCGAUGUACUGGACUUGCGAUUUCGCAGGGAUUGGCGUUCUUUCCCGAUUCAGUGUAACAGUUAUGUUCAUAUCAAGCAACUCUGUAUCACACAGUUUGUAGGGAUUUUCCUCCGAAAUUCAUCCUACGAUAUGUUGUCGCCAGAUGCUGAUCAGUUGAUUUUCGGUCCCUUGGAGUUCGAUGAGGGCCCAUUGCUGAGUCCCUCGAUGGCUCCUUCGUGGGAUUCCCCAAAUGACUUUGGCUAUCAUCACCCAUUAUCUCCUCCUACAUCCGACCACACCCCUUCUCCACAUCACGCCUCAGACUUCGAUGUAACAGACGCAUCGCCCAAUAAUUCAUUUUAUGACUCUACAUUCGGACGCGCGUCCUUCUCGCCGUCGGAAUUUGCGGCACCGCAUCAGCUACCGAGAUCGUUAUCGCCGGCCGACGGCUCUGAUGGCUAUCUCAGUUCGCCAGGUCUCCGCGUGGAAUCGAUAUCGCCUGCGGAGACUUCACUGAGACCGCCACCGUGGGCAACUCAAUUGUGGGAUUCGUCACAUUAUGAAACUUCCACGUCGUCAGCGCGUGUUCACCAGCCCCUAUCAGAACACCCUUAUGGAGUCAAACGCCAACGUUUUCAACCCAGACGAGACUUGUCCACCUUGGGUUUCCAGUCUUCUAGCGCUCCAAUGCAAACGAGCAUGCCGUCAAUGAUGAGGAACUAUAGUUCCCGUCGUGGCGAGUCUGUCAGCGUUAGCGAUGACCGUGACGCAACCGUGCGACGUAAGAAGCGGCUAUCGACUGAUGAACUUUCCAGGGAAGAGAAAUCAGCAGACUCACCUCCUCUCAAGUCUAUACUCAAGCAGCCCAAAUUAGCACCGAGUGCUUGGCAGCUUUAUUUCACAGACUGGAUUCAGCGGCACCAAGCAACGAGUACAAGAAAACUCAAUGUUGCACAGGCUGCCAAGGAGGCCGGUCAGGAGUAUGCUAGUUUGACUCCCGAAGAGAAGGAGCCUUACAAGCGACGGUCUGCAGUUCUGAAAGAAGUGCGAGAGCGCGAGAACGCAGCCUACAUGAGGAGUCUCACUCCUGAUGAUAUCAAGAAGGAGAAUGCCUUCCGCACUGCCCAACGAAAGGCGGGUCGUUCUCGGAAGAGCAACAUUAAAGAUCCAAACGCACCCAAGAAGCCGCUUAGCGCGUACUUCAUGUUCCUGCAGCGCAUCCGAUCCGACCGUGCCCUUGUCAGGGAGAUAUUCGGUGACGAGCAAGAGACAACUAAGCAGAGCGUGUUAGCCGCUGCCAAAUGGCGAUCGAUGACUGAUGAUGAGCGCAAGCCUUUCCUUGCGCAAGCCGAGCAGGAGAAGCUUGAGUACGAGGCUGCACGAAGGCUGUACGAGGAAGGCACCACUGAUCUUGGUACAAGUAUCAAUUUCAGCAUCUUGCCAAGCAGCCCCAACGGUGAGAGUCCAUUCCGUGCCUUGCGAGCAAUCCAGGCGGAAUCACUCAGUUCGGAAAGCGAGAGUGAGGGAAUAGCAGCUGACGAUGGCGCCGGUCGGUACACUCGCAUAUGA